CCUCCCCCCUCCCUCCUCAAUUCGUCUUCUCUGUCAUGACGAACAUCCACCCCGAGUCCCCCGAGGACUUCGAGUUCAUCGAAACUCCUCCCGCCGCUUGCACCACUCCCGCGGACGACUGCGGUGUGCGGACUACCUCGUACCCGGCCAUUAAGAAUGCCCCCGUCCCUGCGGACUCCCAGGGCAGUGACAGCUUCUCCAACACCCUGCUCUUCGCCCUCCUCUUCCUGGUCCCAUGGUACCUCGCGCGCCAGGUCGGUGGUGGUUUCUACACCACCAUCUUCCUCGCUGUCUUCACCACAAUCCCCAUCCUGAUGGCCUUCUGGUCCGUCGCCUCGUCCAUCUCGCCCCGCAAGACUGAAAAGGCCAAGUAUGCUGGUCGCCCCGUCGAGUACUACCUGAACUUCCACAGCGAGCACGACCGCACCGCCUACCGCGGAAAGAGCAAGAUCCCCAUGGAGGUCUUCUACGAGAAGUACUUCAACGGCGAGGUCGACUUCAAGUGUGACGCUCUCGAGGCUCUCGAGUUCCGCCACGACUGGGCCAACUUCCGCUUCACCUGGGGUCUCUACAAGCACUUCCUCUUCGGCUUCAUUCCCGAGAUGCUGAUGCACACCCGUUCCCAGGACGAGGAGCAGGUGCGUGACCACUACGACCGCGGUGACGACUUCUACGCUUGGUUCUUGGGCCCCCGUAUGAUCUACACUUCCGGUAUCAUCAGCGACCCCAACAAGGACGAGACUCUCGAGGAGCUUCAGGACAACAAGCUGGCUGUGGUCUGCGAAAAGAUCGGCGUCAAGCCCGGUGACACGGUUCUCGAUCUGGGUUGCGGCUGGGGUACCCUGGCCAAGUACGCUUCGGUUCACUACGGUGCUCAGGUUACUGGUAUCACGCUGGGUCGCAACCAGACUGCCUGGGGUAACAAGGGUCUCCGCAACGCUGGUGUCGAAGACUCCCAAAGUCGUAUCCUGUGCCUCGACUACCGUGACGCUCCCCGGGUCUCUGGCGGCUACAAGAAGAUCACCUGUCUCGAAAUGGCCGAGCACGUCGGUGUUCGUCACUUCGGCACCUUCCUCUCUCAGGUUUACGACAUGCUGGAUGACGACGGUGUCUUCUUCCUGCAGAUCGCUGGUCUCCGCAAGUCUUGGCAGUACGAGGAUCUCAUCUGGGGUCUUUUCAUGAACAAGUACAUCUUCCCUGGUGCUGACGCGAGCACUCCCCUGGGCUUUGUCGUCGACAAGCUGGAGGGCGCCGGGUUCGAGAUCAAGAGCGUUGACACCGUCGGUGUCCACUACUCCGCUACUCUCUGGCGCUGGUACCGGAACUGGAUGGGCAACCGCGAGAAGGUCGAGGCCAAGUACGGCAAGAGAUGGUUCAGAAUCUGGGAAUACUUCCUUUCCUACUCCACCAUCACCUCCCGCCAGGGUGGUGCUACCUGCUGGCAGAUUACCCUCGUCAAGAACAUCAACUCCACCCACCGUGCCGACGGUAUCCACAACCAGUUCGGUCUCGCCGGUGCCCGCCAGGCCGCCAUCGACCACGCCGGUCAGGGCGUUGUCCCCAGCGCUUUUGUUCCCACCAAGGCUUAAAUAUAGCCUCCGGUAUCGAUGCCACGGGACCUAGCAGGUGUCUGUCCAUCUAGACAUGAAAGCCCGCUCAAUCCUCUGUACCAUCAACCACCCAAGGUUAUUAUUUAUCCCAAACCAUCGGAAUCCAGAAAUGGGCCCGAAAAAGAAAAAAAAGAAAAAACAAAUGAAAGAAAAGAGCAAGAGAAUAUGAGAUAUGACGGACUCACUCCACCAAUAUCCUCAUUCAAUCUCUCACAGGUAUGAUUUGAAACGAAGGAAGUUUGUUUUAUUUUCCUUUUCCUUUUUCUUUUUCUUUUUUUUUUUUUAACUUUUCAAUGGGAAUGGGAAUCGGAAUCGGAAUGAAAAGAACUAGUUAUGUACAAUGAUUCUGAUUUUUAUAUACUUGUUCUCUCUUUGUUUCAUGGGAAAAAC